AUGAGUGCUUAUUUAGGUCAAGCUGUUACGGCCGAGCUAAAUCGACGAGGUGCAACUGUUUAUAUGCUCAUCCGUGACAAGCAGCGGGGCUUGGAAUCCAUAAAGAGGCUUCAAAAAGAAGGAUGCGAUCCGAAGAGGUUAAUCAUUCGAUAUGUGGAUUUGGCUCUUCUCAACUCUGUGCGGACUUUCGUAGAAGAAUUCAGCCAAGAAGUUCCUCGUCUCGACAUUCUCAUUUGCAAUGCUGGCGUGCUUCGAGUCCCCACAUUCACAAAAACCGUCGAUGGAUUCGAGAAAACAUGGCAGUGCAACUACUUAAGUGAGCAUUUUUUCUGCAAAAUUAAUUCGAAUCCUCACCUUUUGCUGUCAUUGCAAUAG